UUAUAAGCUAAGUGUUAUUCAAUAUUUUAUUAUAAGUCUCUUGCCUAAAGCCUGUUGUGUGGGGCCAGCUCACUGGCUGAAAACCUCAGCUGGUUGCUCCCAGCCAAUGAGUUACGACCUAUAUUACUGGGCUCAUUAUUAUCAGUGAAGAGAGCUUGUGGCUAGAGAGGAGGCUGCGACUGGUGCAGAGCGGACCCCAGUAAAUUGAUACCUGAAAAUAAAGUCUCGAGAUGGAGGGAAUGAAACAUAAAGAUUAUCACGAUGAAGAGUUUGAUCAUCAUUUGAUUCUAGAAACAUAUGUUGGUCGUGAUAAGACGGAUUCCAAAGAAGAACUUUUAGACACAACAAUGCAAAAAGUAUUUCAGUGUUUGCGUUCAGGUAUUGUGAAAGGAGAGACUCUGAUAGACCUCACAAUUGGUGCAACCUUUUGUCAGUUGAUGGUUAUGUCCGAUUUCUUUAAGGAAAUCACCAUUUUAGACUCAUCAGAUCGAACGCUUAAGGAAAUGGAAAAAUGGCUGAAUAAGGAGCCAGGAGCUGUAGACUGGUCUCAUGCUGCUGAAAUUUCAUGUGAACUUAAGGGUGUGAGUGAACUAGUGGAAGCUGAGGAAGAGAAAGUCAGAAGAAUUGUGAAACGUUGUUUGAAAUGGGAUCCCACCAAUGACAAUCCACUGGGUUCCAUCGCCCUGCCUCAAGCAGACUGUGCCAUCAGCAUCUAUUACUUUGACGUCGCCUGUAAAGAUCAUGAGAGUUAUCGCAACAGCUUUAGAAAAUUCUCAUCCCUUGUGAAGGUGGGAGGUCACCUCAUUCUGUUUGCCUUUUUCAAUGCGACCUAUUAUACAAUUGGUGAUCACAAGUUUUCAUUCCUAAACUAUAAUGAAGAUUUUGUGAAGCAAGUUCUCCAAGACAAUGGGUAUACCACUGUGAUUUUUGAAGUAUUUGAAAGUAAAUUAAACACUCACUUAAUGGAUCAUGAUCAUAUUGGGUACAUUGUAGCUCGUAAGGAAAGAGAGAAUUAAC